AACGAGCACAAUUAAUUAGAGUCUCUGGCUGAGUCUUCAAAAACAAUCGUCGAGUCGCGCCGGCUAAUCCCUAGCCCCGAACACUCCCCUAGCGCCCUGCUGUUAUUUUCGAAACGGAAGCCAAGUCCGGCGACUGGAAUACAACGGCGAUCUGCCUAGAAACUGAAGAUGGCAAUGGCUGCGAUCCGGAGAGUGGUGGCAAACCUGUCGGGCAAUUAACAGAUGCCGAUAAUUACGCGGAAUCGCGCCUCGCCAAGUCUCCGGCCGAAGCUCCACCCGGGCGCCUAUAAAAGCGCUCCGAUCCGCACUAAUUAACUUUAAACGCGCGAAAGUCAGGCAAGGCACCACAGCAGGUACCACAGCAGGCACACCACAGGCACCACCAGAGAGCCACUCCCGUUAGGCAAUAUGCAGGUCCACCAGGCUGUGUUUGGAGCCGCCGUGCUCGGUAUGCUGAUGGCGAUCGGAUGCUCCCUGCCCGUCUUGGAUGUCAGUUCGGGCAUCGACAACCAGACGAUCGAGGACCUCCGAGCCAGUGUCAAUGAUUCCCCCAAAAAUUUGUAUGUGGUCAAGGCUGUGGUCUACGAAAUCGGCAUCCUGACGGAAGUGGAUGAGAACGACACUAGCUUCGAAAGCCAGGAGCGCGUCGACCUCACCUUCUACGACACGCACAGCAACAAGAGCCACAUCGACCUGGGCAACAUCCCGCUGCCCAUCCAGACGAACGUCACCGGCCAGGUGCUCACCGGCAUAGCGCCGGUGAACCUGGGCGCCUUCAGCAGUCCCCAGGAGCUGCUGGAAACACUUCCGCUAACCGGCAGCAUUGUUAACAUCACGCACAGCGACACGGCCUUCUACCAGCUGAGCAAGUCCAACGUAUCGGCCGCCGACAAGCCGCAGGUCCUGGAUCAGGACGCGCUCUCCAAGCUCACCCAUGUGGCCCAGCUGUUCCCGCCAUCGUCGUCAAUCGGCCAAUCGCUGCCAGUGAACCCGACCAGAGACAACGAAGUGACGCAGACCGAGCCGGAGGAUUAGAGGGGCUGGGCAGGCCAUGAUGCAGUGCGUUGCUCCAGGAAGACACCAACAAACGUAUACGGGACAUUAAUAGAUCUACUUAGUUUUACGGCUACUCAAAACACACACAUACUUAAGUACCUACAGUGCUAGAAAAGACUGGACGAGGACAGAAGAUGGCCAUCAUUGUAUCCAUUCCGCCUUGAUCGCAGGUCACAUCACAAGGCUGGAAUUUCACUUUUCUGUUGUAAAGUAAAAAUAAAUUUCGCAUUAGAGCUAGGCAAAUGA